AUGGGGUCGCAGCCAGCAGAGAAAUCAUCAUCGUUCGCCAAGAUGCAAAGCUUCAGGUCUCUGGAGCCGCUAAACGUGUCUCUCAACCAAGAGGUUGAUCAACGGCCCUUUGGAGUUGACUAUGGAAAGCUUGAUAAUGGUCUGUCUUAUUAUGUUCGCUGCAAUCAUAAGCCCAAAAUGAGAGCUGCUCUAGCUCUAGCUGUAAAAGUCGGCUCCGUUGUAGAAGAGGAGGAUGAGCGUGGAGUGGCUCACAUAGUUGAGCAUCUUGCUUUCUCUGCCACAAAGAAAUACACAAAUCAUAAUAUUGUCAAAUUUCUGGAAAGUAUUGGAGCAGAAUUUGGUCCUUGUCAUAAUGCGUAUACAUAUUUCGAUGAGACUGUAUAUGAGUUGGUUGUCCCUAUUGACAAGCCCGAGUUGUUAUCCACGGCCAUUUUGGUCCUUGCAGAAUUUAGUUCAGAGAUUCGACUCUCAAAAGAUGAUUUGGAGAAAGAAAGAGGGGCAGUGAUGGAAGAGUAUAGAGGGGGUCGAAAUGCUAGCGGGAGAAUAGGUGAUGCACAUUGGGCUUUGAUGAUGGAAGGUUCAAAGUAUGCUGAACGUCUACCUAUUGGAUUGGAAAAAAUAAUACAAACGGUUUCUUCUGAAGCGUUGAAGCAAUUUUAUCAGAAGUGGUACCAUUUGCAAAAUAUGGCAGUGAUAGCUGUUGGAGAUUUUCCUGAAACAAAGAGUGUUGUUGAGUUGAUAAGGACUCAUUUUGGGCAUAAAACUUCAAAGCCUGACCUUCCACCUGUACCACACUUUACAAUUCCAUCACACAAGGAGCCACGCUUUUCAUACUUUGUGGAACCUGAAGCUGAUGGGUCUUCAGUGAUGGUAAGCUAUAAGAAGCAAGCAGACCAACUAAAGACAAUAGAAGACUACAGGGAUAUGCUUGUGGAGUCCAUGUUUACAACUGCUCUAAACCAGAGGUUCUUUAAGAUCUCUAAGAGAAAGGAUCCGCCCUAUUUCUCUUGUUCAGGUGCUACAGAUAAUCUUGUUCGCCAAUCUAAGGCUUAUAUGAUGACUUCAUAUUGUAAAGAAAAGGGGACGUUAGGGGCCCUAGAAUCAAUGCUUCUUGAGGUUUCAAGAGUACGACUACAUGGAUUUUCAGAACGUGAAAUAUCAGUUGUCCGUGCAUUAUUGCUGUCAAGUAUAGAAUCUGCAUACUUGGAACGUGAUCAAAUGGAAUCAACCAGCUUGAGACAUGAAUAUGUAGAGCACUUCAUCCAUGAUGUACCUGUUCUUGGGAUUGAGCAUGAAGCUCAGCUCCGAAAAACUAUUCUUCCUUAUAUAUCGGCAUCAGAGGUAUCUAAAUAUGCAGAAAAAUUAUGGACCUCAUGUAGCUGUGUCAUUAAAAUAGUUGAACCUCAAGCUUCUGCAAAGAUCAAUGACCUGAAAAAUGUUGUCAUGAAGAUCAACAAGCUUGAGAAGGAAGGUAGUAUUAUUCCUUGGGAUGAUGAAGAUGUACCAGAAGAAAUUGUCAAUUCAAAGCCAAAUGCAGGGAACAUUGUACAGCAGCUUGAGUACUCAGAUAUUGGAGCUACCGAAUUGAUUCUAUCAAAUGGAAUGCGAGUUUGCUAUAAGUGUACAGACUUCUCUGAUGAUGAGGUUCUAUUUUCAGGGUUCUCCUAUGGUGGUUUAUCUGAACUCCCAGAAAACAAUUACUUUUCAUCUUUGAUGGGAUCAGAAAUUGCAAGAGAAGUCGGUAUGUUUGGUCAUAGACCAUCAGUGCUAAUGGAUAUGCUGGCUGGUAAGAGAGUUAAUGUUGGUGUAGAUGUUAGGAAGUACAUGAGAAGUUUUCAUGGUGGUUGUUCGCCCUUGUACUUGGAAGCUGCCCUGCAGCUUGUUUAUCAGCUAUUUACGACAGACGUAACACCAGUUGAAGAAAUUGUCAAAAGAGUGAUGCAAGUGGAAAAAGAAAUGAUUCUUGCUCAAGCAAGGGAUCCUCUUACUGCAUUUGCAAACCGAGUGACUGAAAUCAACUAUGGAAAGUCCUACUUUUUCAGGCCUACAAGAAUCAGCGACCUUAAGAAAGUUGAUCCAUUAAAGGCAUGUCAAUAUUUCAACAGCUGUUUCAAGGAUCCAUCAACUUUUACUGUUGUGAUAGUUGGGAAUAUUGAUGCCACAGUUGCACUUCCUUUAAUACUGCAGUAUUUGGGGGGAAUACCAAAGCCUUCUGAACCUAUUUUCCACUUUAAUUCUGACUACGUCAAGGAAUUGCCAUUCACAUAUCCUACAACCAUAACUAGAGAAGUGGUACACAGCCCCAUGGUGGAAGCACAAUGUUGUGUCCAUAUAUUCAUUCCCAUAGAGCUGAAGAAAGGAACAAUGGUAGAAGAGAUUCGGUAUGUCGGGUUCCUUAGCAAACUUCUAGAAAACAAAAUACUGGAGCUUCUUCGUUUCAAGCAUGGGCAGAUCUAUGGUGCUAGUGUUAAUGAUUUCCUUGAUGGUUAUCUGCCAUGUAUAACCACUGACGUGCGUGGUGAUAUUAGCAUUAAUUUUUCUUGCGAUCCAAAGAUCUCCUCAAAGCUGGUUGAUCUUUCUUUGGAUGAAAUAUUACGUCUUCAAGAAGAAGGGCCUUCAGAUCAGGAUGUUUCAACCAUGCUGGAAAUUGAGCAGAGAGCCCAUGAAAAUGGAUUGCAGGAAAAUGGUUACUGGCUGGACAUGAUUUUAGGCGGCUAUCAGUCAAGGAUCUAUUCUGGUGAUGUUGGCACUUCUUUUAAGAUUCUAGAUGAAGCGCGUUCCAAAGUUCGAGAAUCACUAACACCAUUGACAAUGCAACUGGCAUUACAAAGGAUAGUGCCUUUCAAAAAUCUGCACACAGUUGUGAUUCUAAAGCCUCAAUUAUCUUGGUCGAAAUGGCUCACAUCUCAUGGGAGAGAUGCAAAGAUUUUAGCAGGCAUUGCUGGUUUGACCGUAUUGGCUCUCAGUUUCCGAAAGUGUUCACAGAAAUCCUAG